CUCUCCUUCAAAGCUAGAUUACUGCUCUCAGAGCAGCCGGCGUGGACGCCUGCAAGUCAUACCCCACAGCAGAUCGACUCAAGAGCACACAAACAAGAAGACAACAAAAUGUGCAAAAGGAUGGCUAUUAAGCACAAGCACUGCAUGAUCCGAGCAGCACAGACGGCAGUGUGAGCAGCCAACAAACAUGUUGUCAAGUAUCAGAGCUGUUUUCACUGCAAUCAUGAGCCAGACAGAGAUGAUGGAGGGAAUGAGAGUGCAAGCCGAAGAGAGGAAGUAGGGAAGAAAUGAUGAAUGAAAGAAGAGGAAAAGAAAAACAGAAGAAAAUGGAAGUAAAGGAGGAAACUAAGUUAAGGAGUCAGACAGAGACUGAGAAAGCGCUGUAACCUGUCACAUGUGAGUCUGCAGCAGUGUUGCCAAAGUGCGGCUCUAUUUUUGGAGGAGGAAUGUACACAGAGGCCUCGUGGAAAGGGACCAUAACAACAAACAGUACGCAACACACUCCUACAAAGAGACAGCCCUCUGCAGAACAAACAGCCACACAGCAUCAACGAGAUUUAAGAGGAAGAAGAAGGGACAGAAAAAUGUCAAGAAGUCAGAUUUUCUGAUGAGAUCUUGCUAAGAAUACAGAGCGGGACUAACAGGAAACAUAUAAAGAGAGAGAAGAGAGAGAGACAGAUAACAUCAUGGUGUCCAUCCUCAGUAUGGACCAACCAGCUGAGAAGGUCUUCCACUACAAAGACCAGGAGCAGUCGUCCAGCCUGCUGCUGCAGUUGAACAGACUAAGGCAGGAGAACAUCCUGACUGACGUAUCCUUGUGUUCAGACCACACAGAGAUCCCAUGUCAUCGUAACGUCCUGGUCUCCAGCAGUCCGUACUUCAAAGCCAUGUUCUGCAAUAACUUCUUAGAGAGGCAGCAGUCCAAGAUUAACAUAAAGGGCAUCACUUCAAACACCCUGAGCAGCAUCAUUGACUACGUUUACACAGGACUCAUUAGUAUCAGCAUUGAGAUUGUGCUGCCUCUCAUGCAGGCGGCCUCCAUGUUGCAAUAUGGCCGACUUUUUGAGGCCUGCUCGAGCUUCCUGCAGGAUCAGCUGAGUCCUGACAACUGUUUAAGCAUGAUAAGACUCUCUGAGAUCAUGAGCUGUAACAGUUUGAGAGACAAAGCAAAGGAGAUGGCCAUGAAGAGCUUCUCUGACGUUUCAUCGUCCGAGGAUCUGUGUGAGCUCUCUUUACCCGAGCUCAUGGGAUACCUGGAGGAUGAUAGUCUCUGUGCAGAGGAGGAGCAGGUCUUUGAGACGCUUGUUGCUUGGAUCCACCAUGAUCCUUUAUCCAGGCGAGGUGCCAUCAGCGACCUUUUCAAGAAAGUCCGUCUUCGCUACAUCCAUCCCACCUACCUCUUCCAGUUCAUAGCCAACGACCCUCUGAUCCAGUCGUCCACCCUCUGCACUGAGCUCAUCGAAUCCGUGAGACGACUCAUGUUUGCUGUUAGCACAAAGUGCAUCAGUGCAUCAGUAGACUUCAAACCUCUAUGGGUGGCACCAAGGCGUUAUUCCUACCAUGACAUGUUGGUGGUGGUUGGAGGGAGGAAGAAUAAUGAGCAGACGUCCAGAGAAGCUCUAGUCUUUGAUGAGAAGAGCGAGAAGUGGCAGUGGCUCGCCAAGUUGCCUGUCCGUUUAUAUAAAGCCUCCUACGUUGCCCUCCACAGUGUGUUGUAUGUCAUCGGAGGCCUGACCACAAACACUAAGUACAGCCAAGUCAGUAAAACAGUCUACACCCUCUCCCUGAAGACCAACCAGUGGAGGACUGCAGACCCCAUGCUGGAACCUCGCUUUGCUCAUCAGAGUGUCUCCUAUCUCCACUUCAUCUUCGUCCUUGGUGGCCUUGGCCCUGACAGACGACUGACAGGCAGCAUGGAGAGGUACAACAGUAUGUUUAACCAAUGGGAGACCAUGGCACCAAUGCCUGAGGCCGUGCUGCACCCUGCAGUGGCUGCUACUAACCAAAGGAUCUAUGUGUUUGGAGGAGAGGAUGCCAUGCAGAACCCAGUCAGACUGAUACAGGUGUAUCACAUUGCCAGGAACAUGUGGUCCAAGAUGGAGAACAGGACAGUGAAGAAUGUGUCUGCUCCUGCUGCCAUUUUGGACGACAAAAUCUACAUCAUUGGAGGAUACACCAGGAGAAUGAUCGCAUACGACAUCAAGACUAACUGCUUCAUCAAGUGUGCCAACCUGAAGGAGAGGAAGAUGCACCACUCCGCCACCGUGCUCAACAACAAACUCUACAUCACCGGCGGACGUCACAUCAACGGCCAUGAUGUCAUCGAAGACUUGGACAGUUUUGAGUUCUACGACCCAAAGACGGAUAUGUGGACGUCAAAGGGGACUCUGCCGUAUAAAGUGUUUGACCACGGCUCUCUGACUCUCACACACGUCUCACAGACGUGGGCGAAAUCAUAGCUGUGGUCUGAUUCAGAUCUAAAUGCUAAUCAUCUGCACCUGAUUCAAAACAUUUCUUAUUAAAGGGGAUGAUGCUGUGAAAAAAGACUCACGCAUACCAUAAUAACUCCAAUGUUCAUGUAAAUAUUAUGCUUGUUUUGAUACUUGAAAUUAUUAUUUCAAUAUUACAUGUCUUUUCUAUGUUUUUAAAGAACAACCAGACCUAUAAAAACAAACCAGCCUGCUGUACAGAGGCUUCCUAACCUGUCUGAGUUCACAGAAGCUGACAGUGCUAUAUUUGGUUCACUCUAAAUCAUGAGACUUCACUUGUCAUGUUUAAAUCCCGGGGCUGUGUUCUGUGUGGUGCAGGUCUCAGCUGUUGGUCUGAACCUGCUGCUGUUGUCCAGAAAGAUUUUUGAUUUGGUCAAUUUUUGUGUCAGUGUUUUUACCAGAUAUUUGUUACAGUAGUUAUAUCACAUUGAAAGAUUAUAAGUUUAUAUAAAAGUAACUUAAGACUGCAUAUUGACAUAAAGCAACCCUGAUGUUUUUUUUUUUGUUUGUUUGUUUUGAACUACUUUGGAUCUUUUUGUUAAUGAUAAAAUGCACAGCUUAUCAUUACAUACACACCGACUGUAUCCAGAAAUAUUUGAAGACUUAACUACAGUUAACUACUGUUGUGUUUUGGACAAGCAAUACACGAAUCCUCUGGAAACGAUGGUGGCAAAGCCCCAUUUGCACAUGCAUUCUCAUUCCCGGUCACAUAGCCAUGCCUGAGUAGGAGAAUGACAACAAUGGUGGACUACCGAGAUGUGUUAGUGCUGCUGACUGUACUGAACGCUUCUCCAAACAAAGUUAACAGUUUUCAAGCAUGCAUGCACCAUCAUCUUCUUGUUUGUUUCGACUCACCACUCAGCCAAUCAGCAUUAUGCACAGGCACGUGUUGUUCUUCAGUGGGGUUUCAUUACAAAGUUAUACUGCCAACUAGUGGCCUGGAAUGUAUCCUCCAGCGUUCUCAGUUGUUUUUGUGUUUUCACGUGAAUGCAGAUUUUUUUUAUAAACACUAAAGGAAAGACUUUUCCGUUUUCUAACUUGGCUGUUGUUGUGUACAGACGGCCUUUGUUGUUUGACCCUUUUGUAUUGUUUUUGUACUUUUUCUUAGGUUCUUACUACUGAGUUUUGCAAUAAAAUGUUGAUCCAU